AUGGAGGCUUUCUCCGUACAGUCACUUAUCACAGUCACCAUUCCCUCCUCUUUGUCAUGUAGAGAAGCCACUGAGAAACCUUUUGCCUCCCAUGUCAACCUUUCCCAUUUCACGAGUCAAGCUGUAGAGAAGCUUGAAAUUGUGGAAUGUGAUUUGGAGAAACCUGAAACAAUUGGAUCUGCAUUAGGGAAUGCAUCAACAGUGAUAUGUAGCAUUGGUGCCAGUGAGAAGGGAAUUUGGAAAAGGAAGGAAGAAGCAACAUUGCUAGCCAGUGGACUUCCAUACACAGUGAGUGAUAGACCAGGCAACAUGCAUGAAGCCCAGCACGGAAGGCCUCAGAGGAAGAUUGCUGAACUCAUGGCAGUCAUGGCCAAGAAUCACGACCUUUCAUAUUGUAAAAUAGUGAACCGGAUAUUGCAGCUGUCAGUGUUCCAGAUCCCUCGGCUAAUGUUGUGGCUGUUUACUUCCUUCCAACUGAACUACCCAUCAGCUAGCGUUGCCACUCAGAAAGAAACUGCACUACCUAAACCAGUGACAAAUCAGCCACUUUCUCCCUAUACUGUCUAUGAUGAUUUAAAGCCGCCAUCAUCUCCUUCUCCAUCUCAGCCUGGUGAUGGGAAACAAACAAAGAUCAGUGAGACAGUGCCAAAACCAAGUGCUUUAGAUUCUCCAAGUAGCGUGCUAGGAGUACAUGGCAUCUCUCAGACAACAUCUUUAUCUGAAAUGGAGAAGCCUCUUUUUCCUUAUGUAGCAUAUCCUGACUUAAAGCCUCCAACAUCAUCUCCUAAUGCAUCAACUAUACCAUUUUCCACAUCUGCUGGUGACGGGGUGCCAGAGAUAGCCACAGUUUCAAGCAAUGGACCAGCCCAACUUUCAAUAGCAGAUGAACCAAAGGAAGAACAUCUCCCAGAACCCAAGUCAAGAUCACUCUCACCUUAUACCACGUGAGCUGCUUCUGACUUGCCUUUAAGAUUUUAAUUUUUCUUUUCCAAAGACUCUUCAUUCCUUAAUGUAAUGCAUGUCGAGUAAUUAAACUUUAGAAAAGAGAUAUAAGGGGGCGGGGAUAUCAGCUAAUGACUCAUUGCCCUGUAUAAUUGUGAGUUUUAUUUUGGUUGGAAAUUCAAGCGAGUAAAGAAGUCAUACAUUGCUAAUGAAUGGACUUAAGGUGAAAAGGUGGAUAAACCAAACACAUCAAGGCUUUGGGUCAAAAUGUUAUAUGUCAAGUUCACUUUCACUAGUAUGGUUUCUGACCCAACAUUUUCGUAUUAAUUUGUUACUGGAUCCAUAAUUGUUAUAGAACUUCUGAAAAGUCUAUGCCACAGUUCAUAUCGAGGAUGGCCAGUUGGUCACUCAAAUAUGAAGAGAAGCAUUUCUGCGAAUUGAAAAUUUCAGCAAUGGCGUUUAUUUUUCUAUGACCUUUUGGUGAAUCACAACGAACACUAUUGUUCAUUUUCGUAAUUUAU